AUGGCCCGCCAGACCCACUUGUAUAUGGCCUCUCGAGUCUUGGCCAUGAGUCCCUCCGGACUGAUGGCCGAGUUGACCAACGGCAUCGACGUCUGUGAUGGUGCCGUGGCUGGCGCUGGUACCGGCGUUGACGUCGGUGUCGAUGCUGGCGUCGGUGUUGGAGUUGGUGUCGGUGUCGACGUUUGCGCUGGCGUGGCAACUGCUGUGGUGAUGCUGGAGGAGGAGGAAGAGGAAGAGGAGGAGGAUGAGGAGGAGGAGGAGGAUGAGGAAGAGGAGGCUGCGGCAGCAACAGCGACGGCGGCUGCGGCAGCGACGAGUGAAUGGACGGCCGGAGUAGCUGUGACCGCGGCGGUGUACGUCGGUGGAGGAGUUGGCGAGGCGAGGCGAUGGCCUCUCUGCGGCGUCUGUUGUUGGGCGCAAGCGGACAAGUGUUGGUUGGCCGAUUUGCUAGUCGACGUAGCAGAAGACACCUUGCUCGGCUUGCCCGUGAGUGCGGCGACCUGGUGGGCCAGGUAUCCGGACGUCGAGGACGUCGAGGGUGGUAUCAGGCCGGGCGAAGUGGACGACGCA